CGCUUAAUCGCGAUUCUCCGCUGACGGGGCUGAAAAGUUUUAUAUAUAUUGUUAUUUUGGCGCCCCGGUAAUCGGGAUCGUACCAAAAUGUCGUCCCUUUUGAACGCCUCCGUUUUGGCAACUGCUGCCACCGUGGUUCCCGACUCCCAGUUCAUCUUCAACACCACGGAUUACGUCGUAUUCGCCUUGAUGCUGGGCAUCUCGGCGGCCAUUGGAGUUUACUUCGGAUUCUUCGCCAAGGGUGCGGACACCACGGAGGAGUACCUGAUGGGCGGCAAGCGGAUGAAGACGAUACCCAUUGCCAUUUCCCUGGUGGCCAGUCAGUUGUCCGCUAUCUCCAUCAUGACCAUUCCGGCAGAGAUGUACGCGUACGGAAUCAAUUGGUUCUUCAAUGUGGUUUGCAUGUUGGUGGUGGUGCCACUCCUCAACUAUGUGGUGAUUCCAGUUUUCUACAACAACAAUAUUACGAACUGCUACGAGUACCUGGAGAUCCGUUUCUGCCGCGAGGUGCGAGUGCUGCAGACCUUCAUCUUUAUAAUGACCAUGUUCUUCAUGCUGCCCAUCUUCAUAUUCCUGCCCUCGCUGGCCUUUGCCCAAGUGACGGGAUUCAAUGUGCACAUCAUAAACACGGUGGUCUGUAGCAUCUGCAUUUUCUACACCAUGUUCGGAGGCAUCAAGGCGGUGGUGUGGACGGACGUCAUCCAGGCGGCCAUUAUGGUGGUCUCAGUGGUCCUGGUUGGCGUGAUGGGCGCCAAUCGAGUGGGCGGCUUCUUCGAAGUCCUUCGCAUUGCCGGCGAGGGAGGACGACUGGACAUCAACUACAACUUUGAUCUGACCACUAGGUCGACGAUCUGGAACAUUUUCACAUCGGCCACGAUCUUGUGGUCGGGAUACGUGGGUCUAAAUCAGAGCUGCGUCCAGAGAAUUGUAUCGCUGCCAUCUCUGGGUCAUGCCAGGAGAUCCCUGGUGCUCUUCGGGUUCGGCUUCAUCCUCAUCAUGUUCUUCAACUGCUUCACGGGCAUCGUGAUCUACGCCCGCUUCCACGACUGCGAUCCCAUCCAAUCGGGUCAUGUCUCCAAGGUGGACAAGAUGGUUCCCUACUUCGUCCAGGACACCGUGGGCCAUUUGUGGGGCAUGCCAGGUGUUUUUAUCUCCUGCGUCUUCAGUGCUGCCCUCAGUACCCUCUCCGCCAGCAUUAAUUCCCUGGGAGGAGUCGUCUACUUCGACUAUAUAAAGCCGCAUAUUCGACACACGGAGCACCGGGCCAAUGUGAUCAUGAAGUUGUUCGUCCUCUUUGCCGGAAUCUACUGCAUCUUCGGCGGCAUGGUGGUGGAGAACUUCAACUCGAUUCUGCAGGUGAUCUAUUCGAUUGGAGGCGUUAGCUUUGGAUCCACCUGCGCGGUUUUCUUGCUGGGCAUGCUGAUACCCAAAGCCCAUGGCAGGUCCGCCAUGGCCGGAGUCUUGGCCAGCAUUGUCUGCAUGACCACCAUUGUGAUCCUGAGUUGGGGUCGCAACCACUAUGAUCCCCUGCCCACCAGUACGGCAUCCUGUCCAGCUGCAUCUCUGAAUGAAACCAUUACCAGCACGGCAUCUACGAUGCUCCUGAGUUCCACAACGGAAGCCCCUGCGAAAGAAGAGGGAUUUAGCAUCCUGGACCUCACCUUCAACCUGUACGUUGUGGUGGGCUUCGCCAUCACCUGGCUGGUGGCCAUUCCCCUGAGCUACAUCCUGAAGCCCAGAUCCGGCUACAAGCUGGAUCACAAUCUUCUGUCGCCGGUGGUGCAGCCCUUCGUCCACUACAAACCGACUCCCACGGAGGAGCCCCUCCAGUUGAAGUUGGAGAAGCCCGAAAAGGUCUGAGGAUAUCUGAAUUAUCUUUAAGAUAAAGAUGUGCUAUAAGCCUAUCCUAUAAUAUACCUAUGCUUAUGAAGCAUAUCUUAUUGUUAAGAAGGGGCAGUAUAACUUCUCUAACUUUUAACAAAUCUCAUGCUAGAUUAUACUUUUUUUUUUAUGUUUUGUUAAAUGUUUACUUUGUCGUUUGUCGUUUUUAAAUGUUCCACUAAUGUAAACUUCAUUUAAGUUUAUUUAUAAGGGGCAUUUAUCACUAGAUUAAAUAAAGAAUAAUGAGAAGAUGAUUAUAAAGAUAAA